AUGGGAAAGCGUGGAAGAAAGGGACAGGGCGGCCGCGGUGGUGGCGGGCAGCGCCAAAACUGGACCGACAUUCCCAAGACCAACGAGAAGUUCGAACGCUUCUAUAACGAGCAAGGGUUUAUUCCCGAGGAAGAAAGGGAGGUAUUCUGGGAGUAUCUGCGGCGAGACCUCCCCAACAGUUUCCGCUUUACAGGAUCACGAGGACAUGCCCUCGCGGUUCAGGAGCGCCUCAAAGAAUUCUAUAUUCCCGAAAUCACGUCGAUUAAGUAUGAGGGCAACUUCGUCGAGCCACCGCGCCUGGUGUCCUGGUACCCUGACCAGCUCGCGUGGUCGAUGACGACCCCGAAGCAGGUCGUUCGACGCUUUGCUCCGUUCGCCAAUUUCCAGAAGUUCCUCGUCGCCGAGACAGCUGUCGGAAGUAUCAGCCGGCAGGAGGUUGUCAGCAUGAUUCCUCCGCUCUUGCUUGAUGUGAAACCUGGCAUGACUGUGUUGGACAUGUGCGCUGCCCCGGGUAGCAAAUCUGCACAGCUUAUGGAGAUGAUCCACGCUGGAGAGGAAGAGUCGAUGUCCCAGGCUUCCAAACAAGUGAAGGAGGGAACCGCUGGUCCCGAGCCUUUGGGACCUGAGGGUCUUAACGACGAUGGUAGAACCACCGGUCUUCUCAUCGCUAAUGACACCGACUACAAGCGCGCGCACAUGCUUAUUCAUCAGAUGAAGCGACUCAGCUCCCCGAACUUGAUCGUCACAAACCAUGAUGCUACCAUGUACCCCUCCAUUAAACUUCCCUCGCCUCCAGGACCUAGUGGAAAAGUCCAAAACAAAUACCUUAAAUUCGACCGUAUCCUCGCGGAUGUGCCGUGCACUGGUGAUGGAACUCCUCGGAAGAACAUCGGUGUUUGGAAGGAAUGGACCCCAGGCAAUGCUCUGGGACUUUAUGCUACGCAGGUACGCAUCCUUGUGCGCGCCUUGCAAAUGCUCAAGGUCGGUGGACGUGUCGUGUAUUCAACAUGCAGUAUGAACCCUGUUGAGAACGAGGCUGUCGUUGCAAGCGCCAUUGAGCGCUGCGGUGGUGCCGCCAAUGUGCGGAUUGUCGAUUGCAGCAAUGAGUUACCGGGCUUGAAGAGAGUUCCCGGCUUAAAGACAUGGAAGGUUAUGGACCGCGAUACAAGAAUGUGGAACACCUGGGAGGAAAUUGAGGAGCAUCGGGCAAGCCAAGGCAUCAGUGGUCUCGGUAGAGUCGCUGCAGGCAUGUUCCCUCCUACUGGGGAGAACGCAGACCUACCCCUCGAGAGGUGUAUCCGUAUCUACCCCCACCUUCAGGACACUGGUGGAUUCUUCAUUACUGUCCUGGAGAAGCAGUCGGAAAUUCGCGCCAAGCCAGAAGACUCUUCGAAGGUCAUUCCCAAGGGAACUGUUGCCGCACUCACUGAAGAGCUUGAAUUCAAACAGAAGAACGGCAAUGGGCAGCCCUUGGAGAAGAUUGAUGCGUUAGAUGAUAUGGUUACCCCUAACGAAGAUGCUGCGGAGGAGGCUCAGAAGAAUGCUACUGUCGCAGAGGCUACCCACCAGCCUCCUUACUCUGCCACCAACCAAAUGUCCCCUGCAAAGAGGGAUGCUGAGAGCAUGGAAGAUGAGGUCCCUUCCAAGAGGACCAAACUUGAUGAUGGCUCUGAAGUAGUUGUGGGUGAUCGGCCCGUUCACCAGCCGGCUCCCGUGAUUGAGCCGGAUAAUAUGGAUACAUCUGAUACCACUUCCACGCCUGCCCCUCCUCAACAAACAACGAGUGCAACUCAGGCCCCACCCCCUCAGAAACGGAAACCAGGCCAGCCGGUUGAGGAACCUUUCAAGUACCUGGACCCUAACCAUGAGGAGCUUCCACCUAUUUUUGAAUACUAUGAAGGAUCAGACCGUUUCCCUAGAGAUCGAUUCAUGGUCCGUAACGCACAGGCCAUUCCAGCUAGAACCAUCUACUACACUAGUGCUCUGGCGCGCGACAUCUUAACCGCAAAUGAAGGACAGGGCAUGAAGAUUGUCCACUGUGGUGUUAAGAUGUUCGUGAAGCAAGACGUGCAGCGCCCGGGUGUUUGCCCAUGGCGUAUUCAGACCGAUGGCUUGAGGGUCCUUGAGCCAUGGCUGGGUCCCGGUAGAGCGGUUACCCUUAAGAGGAAGGAGACUUUGCGGAGACUACUCGUGGAGAUGUUCCCCAAGGUUAACGAUGAUGGCUGGAAGGAGCUUGGAGAAAUUGGCGAGCGCGUGAGGGAUAUCCCGAUGGGCUGCAGUGUCCUGCACAUCGAGCCUGAUACUUCUGAGACUGGUUUCAGCGAGCGAAUGGUCCUUCCGCUAUGGCGCUCCCUGCAUUCCGUUAACCUCAUGCUUCCCAAGGAGGAGCGUCGUGCUAUGCUUCUUCGUAUCUUCAACGAUGAUACCCCGCUCGUUAACAUCACUGCGAAGCGCGCAAAUGCCGACACAGACGCCGAUAACACUCCGGCUGCAGCCCCUGCUGAGGUGGAGGAAGAAGCAGUCAAGCAUGAAAAUGAGGUUCUGGGACAAGAUGAGCAGGAACAUGCCGAAAGCCGUGAGACGUGGCAGAAGGUCGGUGACGAAGAAGAUCGUUUCAACACAACUGUAUAG